AUGAACACAGAGACUCAGCAGUCACAAUUAGUGCAAUGGCUCGAACCUCUCGAUUUCUCCACGUAUCAUCGGGAUGCGUGCGAACAGCAUUUUCAAAACUCUGGAAGUUGGUUGUUUAAUCAUAACCAAUUCAAGCGUUGGCUUGGGCCUUCUCAGAAUUUUCUAUGGAUAUACGGAUCUCCCGGAUGUGGUAAGACGGUGCUCAGCUCAUUAAUCAUCAAAACUGUUGAAAAAACGCAUUUGUUACUUUACUUUUACAUUACUUUCCACCAAAAAGCAACUUUGUCGACUCAUACCCUGAUACGUACACUGGUCUGGCAGCUC